UCUUAUCACCAUCACUAGGAGCAGCAACAGCACCACCUCAGAAGCCCAUCCCCUAGCGUCUGUCCGGGGAAUGUACGCUGUUUGCGCAUGGGCGGAGAAACUGCCGCUGUGCGCUGUUAUUAUUGUAGGAGUAAUUUCUUUCUUUUUUUAUGAAAAUGGCGUGUAGUCAGGGAGGUGUGGGAGCUAUCACGGCUCUACAAAGCCAUCACUACUCUAGCGGCCCUCACUGGAGCCCAGGCGUCAGCCAGUUUCAGCACCAGCAGCAGCACCACACGACGCGCAGCCUGGACCGGGCUCUGGAGGAUGCCGUGUGUUCGGGGAUACUGAACCUGAGCGGUAGGAAGCUGAGGGAGUACCCGGGGACGAGCUACGAUCUGACCGAUACAACGCAAGCAGAUCUCUCCAAGAAUCGCCUCACAGAAAUCCCUCCAGAAGUGUGUCUGUUCGCCCCCCUCGAGUCACUCAACCUCUAUCACAACUGCAUCAAGUGCAUCCCAGAAGCCAUCAUCAAUCUGCAGAUGCUGACUUAUCUUGACAUCAGCCGAAAUCUUCUCUCAGUUUUGCCAAAACACCUGUUCAACCUCCCCCUCAAAGUUCUGCUUGUGAGCAACAACAAGCUCCUAUCCAUCCCAGAAGAGAUCGGCAAGGCCAAAGAGCUGAUGGAGCUGGAUGUGAGCUGUAAUGAGAUUCAGGUGCUGCCAGCUCAGGUGGGGAGGCUUCAAGCCUUACGAGAACUCAACAUCAGGAAGAACUGUCUUCACAUGCUGCCUGAGGAGUUGGCUGACCUGCCUCUCAUCCGACUUGACUUCUCCUGCAAUAAGAUCACAGAGAUUCCUCCUGCCUAUAGGAAGCUCAGGCAGCUGCAGUACAUCAUCCUAGACAACAAUCCUAUGCAGUCUCCACCUGCACAGAUUUGUCUCAAGGGCAAAGUGCACAUAUUCAAAUUUCUGAACAUCCAGGCGUGUAGGAUGGACAAGAAACCAGACACUCUGGACCUCCCCUCCCUCGGCAAACGCUGCCUUCCACAGCCGCUUACAGAUAGCAUAGAAGAUUUUUAUCCCACUAAGAACCAUGGGCCUGACUCUGGAAUUGGUAGCGACAAUGGUGACAAGAGGCUGUCAACAACAGAGCCUUCAGAUGAUGACACCGUCAGCCUGCACUCUCAGGUGUCAGAGACGGCCCGUGCCGAUGCUCUCUCACUGCUCUCCAAAAUGGACUCUUGCAAAGAUCAGGAUCUCUAUGACUUUAUAGAGCCCAACCCCAAUGAGGAUCCUGCUCUGUCAGAGUGUGAUGGACAGCAGAGCAGCCAUGUGUCUUGUAUAAAGGAACUAGAAAAAGUUCUUAAUAUGUCUCACCAAAGCAAAGAUAAGGACAGCUGGAAAGAGGAGUCAGGUUCUGAUAAGGAGCAGCUAGUUGAGGAAGAGGAUGAUGAGCUGAAGGAAGUGCUGGAUCUGAGGAAGAUUGCUGUUCAGCUUUUGCAGCAGGAGCAGCAGAACAGACGACGGUCCUUAAUUUGCAGAGCAGAGAGUCUUAUUCACCGACGGAGAGUGACUGGCCGGGCACACAGAUUCCUAAGUUACUCUGGAAGCAGCAAACCAAGGCCCCCACCACAGACCUCUCGGAGUGCGUCUCUGGAUGAAGGAAGCAGUGGAGCAUCUCUGCUUAGUGGGCAGCCUGAGGAUGGCAGCCUGAAGGCAGAUCAAUCAGAUUCAGAGCCAAAGUGGCCUGAAGUCCCGCCUGUCCUCAAUCAAAAUGAAGAUCGCAGGAGGAACAAAUACCUGAGAAAAGAUUACCUGAAGUACAAGUGUCAGAGUGCUCGGAAAACCUCCUGUGGGAACAAUGACUGUGAGGAUGGCUUGCGCAACACUGAUUUCAGUACCACGUUGACAGUGUUUGGACUAAAGCCCCGAUCAGCCUUCACCAGGGGAAGUCGUCAGGAGUACAGCUCAGCAGACCCCAGUUUUACUAUGAGAAGGAAGAUGGAGCACCUGAGAGAGGAAAUGGAGCAGAUCGCACUUUUACGGCAGAACAUUGAGUCCAGACUGAAGGUGCUGCUCCCAGACGACGUUGGAGCUGCCCUAAUGGAUGGGGUUGUUCUUUGCCAUUUAGCCAAUCACAUUUGUCCUCGCUCUGUUGCCAGCAUCCAUGUUCCAUCGCCUGCAGUGCCAAAGCUUAGCAUGGCUAAAUGUCGUAGGAAUGUGGAAAACUUCUUGGAUGCCUGCAAGAAGCUGGGUGUGCCACAGGACAAGCUGUGUCUGCCCCAUCACAUCCUAGAGGAGCGUGGCCUGGUGAAGGUGGGUGUGACUGUCCAGGCUCUGCUGGAUCUGUCCACAUUGAAGCCCACACAACUGUCAGCUAUUUGACAUCAGCCUGAAUGUUGCAUCCAAAGCCUUGACACCAGGGACCAGAGAGCCCCUCUGGACAAGGGCCCAGUGGACAUUGGCCCUUUGGGAGUCUGCUUCUGCCUGACUGAAAAAGGAGACUGGACAGUCUUUCUCCUAGUAUGACGUCAGCUGCCCCCCACUGUCCAUCACAUUUUCACUUGUAUCCUGUUCCUAGCUACUGAGGGAAUCUUGUGUGUGGACUUGCAAUGUGACUGUGUUUCCUAAAUUGGAUAGUUUGGACUUGCUGAGGAGAGACAAAUAAUGGGUCUAUGGGAAGUCCUAUGCAUUCCUCUCAACGUGCUCAGUGAUUAAUGAGCCUGCAAGUGCCAGUAGGUUACUGACAAGAUUUCCAUGCUGGUGUUGGACACACUGGCAGUGAGGAGAUAACAGAUAUGUAACUCACUCUUUCACUAGAGACCUAAGCUGAUUGAGUUUUUUCCAUGGGAAUUAAUUUUUGACUUUAUUAUAGUUAUUUUUACAUGGUUUGCAUUAUGUCCUUUCCUUAUUACACUCAGCAACCAAUCCUGAUUCAUAAAGCCGUUUUCAGAUAGGAUGCAGUAAGUGCUGCGCUCGACACGAGGGUUGUGCACGGGUGGGGU